AUGAAUCCCUCGCGGGGAGGCAAUUUUGCCGUCAGGCUGUUGGGCCAACACCGCCCCAUCCUGUCCACCACUCUGCCUACCCUUUCCUCCACCAGAUUCCAGUCGACGCAGUCGGCGACUGAGCAAUCGGGCGCCCUACAGUCUACAGCCAGUUCUGUUCCUGCACGGAAACCAAGGAGAGAGGUUCCUCUGCCCAGCCAGGAGAAACCGCAGGGUGUUUUGGACUAUGCCUUGACUACCCUCGACCAGGUGGCCAAUUGGGCUCGGCAGGGUUCUCUAUGGCCGAUGACCUUCGGCCUGGCGUGCUGUGCCGUCGAGAUGAUGCACCUGUCCACCCCACGAUACGAUCAGGAUCGUCUUGGAAUCAUUUUCCGAGCUUCCCCUCGUCAGUCUGACGUGAUGAUUGUUGCCGGAACGUUGACGAACAAGAUGGCGCCGGCCCUGAGACAGGUGUACGAUCAGAUGCCUGAGCCGCGGUGGGUGAUUAGCAUGGGAAGCUGUGCCAACGGCGGUGGAUACUAUCACUACAGUUACUCUGUUACUCGUGGGUGUGACAGGAUUGUGCCUGUUGACAUCUAUGUUCCUGGCUGCCCACCUACCUCUGAAGCACUGAUGUAUGGAAUUUUCCAGCUGCAGAGGAAGAUGCGAAACACCAAGAUCACUCGGAUGUGGUACCGACGAUGA